AGUUUAUUUUAAUAAUUGUGGUUUACGGCAAAUGCCUUUUGUAAAUGUCUUCUUUUAACACAACUUGCGUAAAACAUAUUUAAGAGCUAAAUUAACGUCUCUUUUCCGUUCAAGAAUCUGCUCCCAUCGUUCACCAAAAAGAGACAUUCGUUCGCGAACGACCCAUCACUGAAGAGCAGGGAUUUUCGAGGUGGCGCAGGUGAAUUUUGAUAAGUCGCGUAGAAAUUCCAAGCCACGAUAUCUGUACCACACAGUGUUUAUACUCUCACGCGGCUUGUGUUUCUGCUCUCUCGACUGAAUUUUUCUUGAAGUAGCAUCGGCGUGCGCUGAAGUUUGGUCCACUGCACGCGCAGCUUGUGUUUUAGCUCUCUCGACUCUAUCUUGUCUGCGCGUGAGUUUUGAGACUGAUGUGACGCCAUAAAUAUUGUGUCACGUCAUCAGGACUCGACGAUUCAUCUUGCAUGUGCAAUGUUUUCGUCUGUUCAAGUCGGUCCAACUACUAGCUAAAAAAAAGCAUAGUAUCUUUGCUGUAUUCUACCCUUGCAAUCAAAAUGUCUGUAAAGAACGAAAUAUUUGAUGAGGAAGAAUCUGCACUGAAAGUGGAAUUAAAUAAAAAGAUCAAGGAGCAGAAAGUUGUGGUUGAUGAGUUAUCCAAUCUUAAGAAAAGCAGGAGGGUCUAUGUUCAACAGCCAAAUAGUAACAUAUUCUUCUUGGCAGACAGAGGGCAGACUCUGAGUUCCUGCAAAAAGGAGCUCGACAACAUGAAGAAGGAAGUCCAAAAUAUGUAAUUUUCUGAAAAGGAUCUUUGCGGUUGUCUGUGACCUUAACAGCUAUAAAUAUGUGUGGCAUUUCUUGUGUGCUAAGCUUGUCCCCCUCCCAGCUUGUGUUGGACAAGAACAUACAUAAAAACCUGAGGAAAAGAGGUCCAAACUAUAGUGAGAAUAUCACAAAAACAGCCUCAAGUCCCUACUACCAGUGUCUGUUCUCAGCUCAUGUACUUCACAUGAGGGGUUGCCUUACCCCUCAGCCAGCACAAGACAGUAAUGGAAAUGUCCUGAUGUGGAAUGGGGAGGUUUUUAGCGGGCUGACUGUUAGGCUGGAUGAGAAUGACACUGAUGUUCUUUGCUACCACUUCUCAGCCUACAACAGCCCCACAGAUAUUCUGUCUGUCUUAGCCAACAUUCGAGGGCCCUGGGCAUUUAUAUACUACCAACAGACUGGACCCUACCUCUGGUUUGGAAGAGACUUCUUUGGCCGGAGAAGUCUGCUCUGGCAUUACGACACUGAGAAGAAGACUUUUACACUGACGUCGGUGGCUGCCUGUCUUGCUGCACAUUCACAGUGGCAAGAGGUUCCAGCAGUUGGUGUUUACAGGAUUGACCUUAGGGCAUUUGCCGAGUCAGGCUCUUUGACUUUUGAAGUUUAUCCAUGGAUUCACGCUGGUGAGAGUCUUUCAUCUGUUAGUCACAAAUCUAAGUGGGAGGCUAUCCCCAAUAACACCUCAGCAGUGAUGAACAUUUCAGGUCUUUCCCUCACCUCACCUGUGUGUCCUAUGAACAUGUCAAUCCCUCUGUUGUCAAAGGAUGUAGAACAUAGUAAAAUCUCACAGGCCUCAGUUGAAGAACUGGAAGUGUUGCUUGAGUCUGGUAGGAGAAAGAUUGUGGUGAACAGUCUAAUUAAUGUUCUCAGCGAGGCAGUACGGAGGCGGGUGCAAUGUCUUCCCUUUGAUACACAGAUACCCUCCCCACCAAAAAGCAAUGAGGCAGCCAUUGCUAUCCUUUUCUCUGGAGGGAUUGAUUCAAUGGUCUUGGCUGCCCUUGCUGACCGCCAUAUCCCAAGCGACAAACCUAUUGACCUUCUAAAUGUGGCAUUUAAACUGCCAGAACCAAAGAUUCAAGAGUCUGCCAAGAAAGGCAGAAAACAAAAAGCCAAGUCUGCCGAUUCCCAAACCGAUGUUGCUGAUUCCCUUGAGUAUAGCCCCUUCAACGUUCCAGACAGGAUCACUGGCAGAGCAGGCCUGCAGGAACUCAUUGUGUUGAAUCCAGAGAGAAGAUGGAAUUUUGUUGAAAUUAAUGUCACUCAAAAGGAGCUGCACGAAAUGCGCCAGAAGCACAUCUGUCAUCUGGUGCAUCCGUUGGAUACCGUGUUGGAUGACAGCAUUGGAUGUGCUGUGUGGUUUGCUGCAAGAGGUAUUGGCCUCAUUGCAGAAGGCAACGGCAAGAGAGGGUUCACUUCAUCUGCAAAGGUGGUAUUGACAGGCAUUGGAGCCGAUGAGCAACUAGCAGGUUACUCCAGACAUAGAGUGCGCUUUAAGACCUCUGGGCAUGAGGGUUUGGUCCAAGAACUGGCCAUGGAGUUAGACAGAAUCUCCACACGGAACCUGGGUCGAGAUGACCGAAUCAUAGGGGACCAUGGAAAGGAGGCUAGAUUUCCCUAUUUGGAUGAGGAUGUGGUGUGUUUCCUGAAUUCCUUACCAGUGGCAGAGAAGGCAGAUUUGUCCCUAUCUCGAGGUGUAGGGGAGAAACUGAUAUUGAGGCUGGUGGCCAAGCAGCUUGGCUUGGGGGCCUCUGCCCUACUGCCCAAGAGAGCAAUGCAGUUUGGUUCCCGCAUCGCAAAGAUGGAAAACAGCCAUGAGAAAGCCUCGGACAAGUGUACGAGACUCCUCACAACUUAACUUGGCAACCAAGUCAUUCAUUCUUUUAAUUUGGGUAACAGUAAGAAACAGCAUGUUAAGACUUAUUUUAAUAUACACAUUUUGGUCAUUGAAAUAUUGUUUGUAAUACCCAAAGGCACAAAUAAAAUUCCAGUUUUCCUCA